UUGUACUUCACUUUAUUUUGUAGGAAGAUCAUCCGAAAAGUUUGCACCCAUGUGGAAACAGUCUCCCAUCUCUCCCACAGAUUCCCAACAUGGCAGGGGUUGCCCUCCCCAGGAGCUGCGGCUGGUGUUGGUGGGGAAGACAGGGGCAGGGAAGAGCGCGACAGGCAACACAAUUCUGGGUGAGGAGCGGUUCAAAUCGGAGCUGUGUAUGAGCUCAGUGACUGGGGGCUGUGAGAAGGCUCGGGGAACGGUGCUGGGGCGGAGAGUGACACUGAUGGACACGCCCGGCCUGUUCGACACCUCACUCUCCCAGCAGGACGUGCAGGAUGAAAUCCUGCGGUGUUUGGCUAUGUCCGCUCCGGGACCGCACGCCAUACUCCUGGUGCUGCAGAUCGGUCACUACACCGAGGAAGAGCAGCGCAGCGUGGAGAUCAUCCAGACCAUCUUCCAGAGCGAUGCUGCCCAAUACACCAUCCUCAUCUUCACCCAUGCCGACAAGCUGAAGGGAGACUCUUUCCAGAACUUCAUCUCCAAGCAAGACAGAAGGAUUCAGGGCCUGGUGGAGCGAUUUGACCGGAGGGUCCUGCCCUUCAACAAUGAGGACAGGGAGGAUCACGGCCAGGUGGCUGACCUGCUGGAGAUGAUCGACCGCAUGCUUGCACAGAGAGAGAAACCCUAUUUCACUAACCAGGCCUUCCAGAAUAUGGACCAGGCCCUGAAAGUCUUCCAGCAUGAACAUCUGGAGAGAAAACAGGAAGAAAUAGAAAGAGAGAAGAAGCGUGCUGCUGCAAAGUGGGAAGUGGCCUGGGCAGAUUUCUCCAGCCAGAUGAACAAGGAGAAACAGGAGUCUGAGCUGAAGAAGAGACGUAUCGAGCAGAACAUAAAGACACUGAGUAGAAGGAAGGCUGAAGUGGAGCAACAGCUUGAGGUGGAGACCAAGAAGCUAAAACAGUUGGAACAGGUGGAAAAGGCCAGGAGACAGAAAGAAAAAGAGUACAGGAAGAUUAUCGAUUCUGAAAUCAAACGGGUGGAGAAAGAGAUCGAUGACAGACAUUCUGAGAAGGCACGGAAGGAAGCAGAGAGCUCCAAUGACUUCUUCCACAGAAACGCGUUGCUGAUUCUGGGAGGGGCCGCGCUCAUGGCAACUUGGGUGGGAAUUGGGGCCGGAGCCACCGUGAUGGCUGCUGCAGCUCCUGCAGCUGCAGGAGCUAGUGGGCUUACUGGUGCAGCUGCAGCAGCUGCUGCCAUAGUCAUAGAGAUCGGACCAGUGGCAGCAGCUGCUGCCGUGGCUGCAGAGUUCGAACCAGCAGCAGCUGCGGCUGCAAAGGUGGGCCCUCUCCUUGCAACCCAGUGCUCAAUUCAGAUGUUCAUGCUGGAAGUCUGCAAGGGCCUGGUCCAUUUUCUGGAAGGCCUGGUUAGUGAAAUAGGGUUUCUCUCUCUGUGCAAGCAUGCGGUUGAUCAUCUCCAGCAGGUCAGCCACCUGGCCGUGAUCCUCCCUGUCCUCAUUGUUGAAGGGCAGGACCCUCCGGUCAAAUCGCUCCACCAGGUCCUGAAUCCUUCUGUCUUGCUUGGAGAUGAAGUUCUGGAAAGAGAUUCCCUUCAGCCUGUCGGCAUGGGUGAAGAUGAGGAUGGUGUAUUGGGCAGCAUCGCUCUGGAAGAUGGUCUGGAUGAUCUCCACGCUGCGCUGCUCUUCCUCAGUGAAGCGGCCAAUCUGCAGCACCAGGAGUAUGGCGUGCGGUCCUGGAGCGGACAUGGCCAAACACCGCAGGAUUUCAUCCUUCACGUCCUGCUGGGAGAAAUUGUGUUGCCUGUCGCGCUCUUCCCUGCCCCCGUCUUCCCCACCAACACCAGCCGCAGCUCCUGGGGAGGGCAACCCCUGCCAUAUUCCCAACAUGGCAGGGGUUGCCCUCCCCAGGAGCUGCGGCUGGUGUUGGUGGGGAAGACGGGGGCAGGGAAGAGCGCGACAGGCAACACAAUUCUGGGUGAGGAGCGGUUCAAAUCGGAGCUGUGUAUGAGCUCAGUGACUGGGGGCUGCGAGAAGGCUCGGGGAACGGUGCCGGGGCGGAGAGUGACACUGGUGGACACGCCCGGCCUGUUCGACACCUCACUCUCCCAGCAGGACGUGCAGGAUGAAAUCCUGCGGUGUUUGGCCAUGUCCGCUCCGGGACCGCACGCCAUACUCCUGGUGCUGCAGAUCGGUCGCUACACCGAGGAAGAGCAGCGCAGCGUGGAGAUCAUCCAGACCAUCUUCCAGAGCGAUGCUGCCCAAUACACCAUCCUCAUCUUCACCCAUGCCGACAAGCUGAAGGGAGACUCUUUCCAGAACUUCAUCUCCAAGCAAGACAGAAGGAUUCAGGACCUGGUGGAGCGAUUUGACCGGAGGGUCCUGCCCUUCAACAAUGAGGACAGGGAGGAUCACGGCCAGGUGGCCGACCUGCUGGAGAUGAUCAACUGCAUGCUUGCACAGCGAGAGAAACCCUAUUUUACUAACCAGGCCUUCCAGAAAAUGGACCAGGCCCUUGCAGUCUUCCAGCAUGAACAUCUGGAGGGAAAACAGGAAGAAAUAGAAAGGGAGAAGAAGCAUGCUGCUGCAGAGUGGGAAGUGGCCUGGGCAGACUUCUCCAACCAGAUGAACAAGGAGAAACAGGAGUCUGAGCUGAAGAAGAGACGUGUCAAUCAGAGCAUAAAGACACUGAGUACAAGGAAGGCAGAAGUGGAGCAACAGCUCAAGGUGGAGACCAAGAAGCUAAAACAGUUGGAACAGGUGGAGAAGGCCAGGAGACAGAAAGAAAAAGAGUACAGGAAGAUUAUCGAUUCUGAAAUCAAACGGGUGGAGAAAGAGAUCGAUGACAGACAUUCUGAGAAGGCACGGAAGGAAGCAGAGCGCUCCAAUGACUUCCUCCGCAGAAAUGCGUGGCUGAUUCUGGGAGGGGCCGUGCUCAUGGCAACUGGGGUGGGAAUUGGGGCCGGAGCCGCAAUGAUGGCUACUGCAGCUCCUGCAGCUGCAGGAGCUGGAGGGCUUACUGCUGCAGCUGCAGCAGCUGCUGCCAUAGUCGCAGAGAUCGGACCAGCGGCAGCAGCUGUGGCUGCAAACAUCGGACCUGCAGCUGCUGCCAUGGCUGCAGAGUUCGGACCAGCAGCAGCAGCUGCGGCUGCAAAGGUGGGCCCUCUCCUUGCAACACAGUGCUCAAUUCAGUGAUCCAACAGUGAUGCAGUCUGCAGUGAAAGCCUUGUUUCCUCGAAAGUGGCCUCAUGCAACCUACAGGGAAACUCCUGUACAGUGACUCUGAUGAAGUCUGUGGAGAAACUAGUUUUGUAUUCUAAUCUGCAGUAAAAUUCUCCUUUCCUGCAUAAUUCAUUUUUCCAAACAGACUUAAACUUUUAUUUAAUCAUUACAAUAUGUAGUACUUAACAUAUGUCAAACAAAACAUGUUGUGUUUUACAUGUGUGCUAGAUAUUAGUAUACUUAUAUGAUAUGAUUUUAUUCAUCCUGUAUUUGUAUUCCAGUUAUCAUAUGUUACGUGCUGAAUGCUCUGUAUCUGUCUUUAAAAGAAAGGUGAAAGGGUUUAACAUAACAUUCAGAAUAAAUAGUUAAAUUGA